CCACCUCCACCACCACCACCACCUCCACCACCUCCACCACCACCACCACCUCCACCACCUCCACCACCUCCACCACCUCCACCACCUCCACCACCACCUCCACCUCCACCUCCACCUCCACCACCUCCACCACCACCUCCACCUCCACCACCUCCACCUCCACCACCUCCACCUCCACUUCCUCCACCUCCUCCACCUCCUCCACCUCCACCACCUCCACCUCCUCCACCUCCACCACCUCCACCUCCUCCACCUCCACCUCCUCCACCUCCUCCUCCUCCACCUCCUCCACCUCCACCACCUCCACCUCCUCCACCUCCACCACCUCCACCUCCUCCACCUCCACCACCUCCACCUCCUCCACCUCCACCACCUCCACCUCCUCCACCUCCACCACCUCCACCUCCUCCACCUCCACCACCUCCACCUCCUCCACCUCCUCCACCUCCACCACCUCCACUUCCACCACCUCCACCACCUCUACCUCCACCUCCACCUUCACCACCACCACCUCCACCUUCACCACCACCACCUUCACCACCACCACCUCCACCACCACCUCCACCACCUCCACCACCACCUCCACCACCACCUCCACCUCCACCACCUCCACCACCACCUCCACCUCCACCACCUCCACCACCACCUCCACCUCCACCACCUCCACCACCUCCACCACCUCCACCUCCACCUCCACCACCUCCACCACCUCCACCUCCACCUCCACCACCUCCACCACCUCCACCUCCACCACCUCCACCACCUCCACCUCCACCUCCACCACCUCCACCACCUCCACCUCCACCACCUCCACCUCCACCUCCACCACCUCCACCUCCACUUCCACCACCUCCACCACCACCUCCACCUCCACCACCUCCACCACCACCUCCACCACCUCCACCUCCACUUCCACCUCCACCACCUCCACCUCCACCUCCACCACCUCCACCACCUCCACCUCCA